CAGUCAAGGCACCUUUUAAAAUUAUGGACAGUCCCAAGGCACCCUUUAAAAUUAUGGACAGUCCCAAGGCACCCUUUAAAAUUAUGGACAGUCCCAAGGCACCCUUUAAAAUUAUGGACAGUCCCAAGGCACCCUUUAAAAUUAUGGACAGUCCCAAGGCACCCUUUAAAAUUAUGGACAGUCCCAAGGCACCCUUUAAAAUUAUGGACAGUCCCAAGGCACCCUUUAAAAUUAUGGACAGUCCCAAGGCACCCUUUAAAAUUAUGGACAGUCCCAAGGCACCCUUUAAAAUUAUGGACAGUCCCAAGGCACCCUUUAAAAUUAUGGACAGUUUAAAGGCACCCCUAGACUGUCCAUAAUUUUAAAAGGGCACCCCAUUCUAAAAUGAUGCCGGCAGCUAGAAGGCUGUAAUGGUACACAAUGAAAAUCUGUACCUUUUGUGUAACUAAAAGGCAGACAGUCUUGAGGCACCCCAUUUUAAAAUGGG